AUGUGUAGCUCGUGUGUUGUAGAUCUGUACAUUCCACCACAUAUUUUCAUUAUUCAGGAUCAAGUCGAGUGUUCACUUUUAUGCCAAUUUCCAGAAGCAACAUGCUCACCUUACGAUAUCGAAAAUGGUACAUUCGCACAAAGGUCGUACAAGGACGGCGAAGAUGCAAUUAUAGAAUGCCUUGAAGGCUACGAAAUUACUCCGUCGUUGCCAGUUUGUAUAGGAGGGGUUUGGAACAUUGAUAACGCGAAUUGCGUAGAUAUUAACGAAUGUGACAAUAACCAACAUAACUGUGACCCUGAUGCAACCUGCAAGAAUCUCGAAGGAGGUUACAUUUGUGAAUGUCCAGAUGGAAAAGAAUUGUACAAUGACCAAAAGGAUGUAGAAGGACGUUAUUUAAUUCCAAAUGUAUCAUGCAUAUGGACUUCAUGUGCCUUCGAUGAUUUGACAAAGGAUGAAAGCUGGAUCGUUUGGAACAAAAAGGACUAUUACAGAAACAAUGAGUCAGUGACAUUUCUGUGCAAUAUGACAUACUUGAAAGAUGAGACCUAUGCUAGCUUUACCGCAAGAUGUCUGAAUGGCCAAUGGGAAAAUGCUAGAAAUCCUUGUAACGGUGCGUAUUCCUCUGUGGUUUCGAUCAAU